AGGCUCCAAUCCCUUUGUUUUGUCUUUUGUUGGGACCAGCACAGUAAUUAUUGCUUUCUGUUUUACAGGACACAGGUUAUUUCUACCAUCUAAUAAACUGUGUUCCUAAACUUUGGUGUCCAUCGUCCAUAUGUUUUGGCCCCUUUUUGAUUUACCCCUAGACUGGGACAGGUUUGCCUGUCGGGGGCCGUAACAUAUUUGGGGGCUCGUCCUUAAAGCUUUAUCCCGUUUGACCAGUGGCAGUUUUUGUGUUGGCAAUACUUAUUUGGAGGUCUGUCUUUAUACAGCCUGUAUUGUCUUUGUCAUCUGCCCAGGGUUUUGGGGUGCUGGAAUGCGCAUUUGUGACUCGUGUUAGCACUCCGUUUUGGGGUGUUUUUCUUUGUGCCUCGUGCUGACACUUUGUUUGGGCUUAUUUGCUUAUUUGUGUAGAUUUGUUUGUUUGCACAUCUUUGGACACCAGUUUGUGGUUUUUGUGUAAUCUUCUGCUUCGGUUUUUUUCCCUCUCUCUCUUGCUCCUUUGCUAAGCCCCUGCCUGUCAGUUGACUGAGGGUCUGCUGUUUUGACCUGAGUGAAAUUUUGUUGCUCCCGUUGGAGGUAUUUUGUUUGGGAAGAUGAGUUUGCCGGACAGCAAAGCUUCUACGUCUCUCCGUCUUAAGGAGCUUGAGGUUGAACUGCUCCGUUUGAAAAUCAAAAAGAAGGAAGUUUGUUAUGAGUUUGAGCUCAGAAAAAUUAAGGAGGAAAACUACAGGCAAAUCUGCCUAAAGGAGCUCGAAUUGCAACAAGCCACCUCAGUUGUACCACCUCCUUCCUUUUGUGUGACACCAUUUGAUGUGGACAAAUGUGUUAAAUCUGUACCUCCACUAGGUGACAGGGACAUUAAUGAGUAUUUUGCUCUGUUUGAGAAUGCUGCUAGGGUGUUGCAGUGGCCUAAAACUGUCUGGUCACUUUUGCUGCGGAGAGUCCUUACUGGGAAGGCACAAGAAGCAGUGGUGUCCUUGCCAGCCACUGAGAGUCUGGACUAUGACAGGGUGAAGGCUGAGGUGCUACAUGCAUAUGCACUUGAGCCUGAGGUUUGUGGAGGUGAUGGUGGAUUUAUCAGGAAAACAAAUGAUCUGGCUGACGACAAAGCACUGAUAAACCAACAUGAUGAUCCCGUCUCUGUUAAUCAGGUUUCUGAUUUGGUUGGGAAACGUCCUGAAGUUUUUCCUGCCCAAGCCAGAAGGCAGGAGCAGGACGAAUCUGCAGAGAAGGACUUUCUAGACCUGAGUGACAGCUUCAUGGCUCAUUUUGAAACACCUGGCCUGCAGCCUGUCGAGAUUCAUGUUUGCAUUGGUGGCCAUGAGGCCAGAGUCCCUGAUCCCCCUCCGCUUGGGUGUUUACCCUUUUCUGGAACUGCUUCAAAGGGACCAACUGUGUUUCCUCUGAAGCAACUGAUCUUAAACAUGCGUUACCUUUUAUUAACAUCCCACUUAGUAAUAGGUGCUCCAAGGAACCAAAGCAGGACUGGACUUCAGUGCCAGCUUCUGAAGCCAUCCUCAACUCACACACAACCAAGGCAGACCUUUUACAGGAGAGGUGGCUCUGUGAUGAUGAACUUGAGAAUUCUGGAGCAUUUGUUCUUCAAGGACUGGGCCCUACAGGUUUUGAGUUAUUCCACCACAAAACCUGUUGGUGGAAUGAAUCAGUGCAAAAGAUCAGCAAGACCUCAAAGUUGCCUUUAAAAAGAACAACAUUUAGUCUGACAGUAUUGCUUGUGAACAUGUUUAUUUUUUUCAUUUUUCUACUUGCAGGAAACUGGCCCCCAUGUUCACAAGUUUAUGGGUGGAGGUGUUAUGUCUUGCUGCUUCUGCUUUGCUGCAUUCCCUGUCAUUCUGCUCACCUGGCAGGUGAAGCCAAUGAUCUUGAUCAGCACCUGCCAGGUAUUUAAGUCAGAGGAGGCCAUAACCAGGGGGAAGGCAUGCAGAGAGGGCAGAGCAGGAGGCUGAGGAGCAGUGGGUUGAGUUGGAGCUGUGCUGGUUGGUUGUUUCC